AUGGUGGCUCGGAGGUUUCCGGACUUCGAUGUCUACCUGAACGAAUCCUUGAUGCCCGUGCUAGCACAGGCCCUCGAUGCGCUGGGGCGACAGGUCUCGCGCAUGCAUCAGCAAGGAGACAAGCUGGAUGCCAGGGUUAGAGCUCGCUUCAAUCCCAUCACAUGGCUUGCUCAGCAGCUCCUUCGGAGACAUCCAAGGGUGGCGAACACCCCGCGGCGGAUAAGCCUAUACAGGAACUUUCAAGACUGGGCAGAUCAGGAGAGGGGUCGGAGAGAAGUCUUGCGCUGCAAAGCGAAAGUGUUGGAGGUCUUCAACGGCUUCAUGCAGAAUGGCAUCGUCGGCAGGAACAGCUUGCCGUCCAUCGUGGAAGCCGUGGACGAUCUCUUCUUUCUGCAGGGCGCCCUCAAGGACAGCAAGUCCGUGCAAGAGCACGUUCUCGAGGGUGGCUGGAAAGGCACUCGGAGCUCAUGUUUGGGAGGUGUUGCAAUCACCUUCGAACAGUUCUGGUUCAAGCUCGCGAAUGCUGUGGUGGUGCAUGAGGGCAUUCUGCUGUCCAAGAUCCAAGAAGGAAGACGUUUGCGAAAGCUACGAGAGGAGGAACACGCUCGUGCCAUGGAGGCGGCCAGAAUAGAGGAGGAGCAAAGGCAGAAGGAAGCCCAAGAGAAUCAAAGGCUGAUGAACAUCUUCAAAGAGCUGCACAGCAGGUUGUGUGAAGACCAGGCGCUGAAGAGCAUCCUGGAGGGCAAGAGCCUCACGGGUGAGUACUUGAAGCCCAGUGAUCCGGAAUACGAGUCUCAGGUGCGACCGCAUGGAUCUCACGUUCUCUUGCUGGAGGAGUUGAUGACACUACUGGGUCUUCAGACGAAGUGCGAGCACGGCACGGAAGGCUUCGAGGCACAGGAGCUGGAAGCACGCCUCUUCCGUCAAAAGGUCCAGAAGCAAAUGGAGGAGGAAGAGGAGAAAGAAGCCGAAAAGGAGAAAGAAAAGAGGCAGAGGGCUUCGAAGAGGCUUGAACGAGGGAGAUCCAAGGAAAUGAAUGAAGAGAAACGGGAGUCAAUGAAGAGAGGCUCCAAAGAGGAUCAUGCAGCCCUGCAGCAGCCCAGAAGCGAUGAAAGCCCUCCUCCCAAGCGAGGGUCCAAAAAGGAGACGGGAGAUGCACCCAUGCAGAGACAAAGGAGCGACGGAAGGAGCGAUGGAAGUCCCAGCAAGAGAGGAUCCAAGGAAGAGGCAGGUGUCCCGAUGCAGAGACAAAAGAGUGAUGGAAGUCCCGCCAAGAGAGGAUCCAAGGAAGGUCCAGCUUCCAAGAAAGGAUCCAAGGAAACAAUCAACAAGAGAGGCUCCAAGGAGGACGUGACAAAGAGAUCCGGUUCAAAGGAGGAAGGCUCCAAAAACCCAUCGAAAGAUGAACCAGUGGAGGAAGUUCUGCCCGGGGAUCGCUGGUGGGACCCGACGAUGAAAUCCUCCUGGAAGAUUCUCCAGGCUGCCUGUGGGGCCCAGCGGACGGGGAAUGUCGACGCAGAGGUUCUUCAGAGGCUGCUUCCCAAGCCGGAAGAGUUUAUCAGCAUCAAGAAGAAGGUUGACGCUGAGCUCCGGCGCAUUGCUGAGAAUGGCCCGGAGGAAGCGAGACUGGAGACGGUCAUGGAAGAGCAAGAGAAGAAGCCGAAGCCGAGCAUGGAGGAGUUGUCGCUGCAAUAUCACAUGUCACGUGCAAGAUUGAAGUUCUUCCACGACCUUUUCGAAAGCUUCCUCCCAGCCAAAGAGGACGGGACUCCGGGAGUCUGUCACUAUCCGGAGGCGCCGUCGGUCAUUGACAAGAAGACAAUGUUCUUACUUCUCAAGCAGGUCCAGAGCAACAUCAAUGAGGCGGAGUUCGAAGCCCGCUUUCGCCGCCUGGAUCAGGACAGCAGCGGCGUCAUCGAGUUUGAUGAGUUCGUGCGAUGGGUUCAUGACGAUGAGGUGGAGGUCAUCGGCAGCGCUGAGAAGGUCAAAAGGACCUUCGAGGAGUUAGCCAAUGAUAUGGACGUGAGCAUCAAGCUGAUAAUGUAUGUCUACGACUGCUUCAAGUUCGAGCUCGGAACCUCUCAGGUCGAUGAGUAUCCAAAGACCUGUGCUGUGCUCAAUCGAGACCAAGCUUGCAAUCUGGCGCAGAUCUUGGUUACGAAGCUGGCAAAGAAGAAGUUUGAUAAGUAUUGGGAGAUGGUCGACGUGGACAAGAAGGGGGUGGUCACCUUCGACGACUUUUGCGAACUGCUCGACUUUGAGGAUAUGGCAGAAGACGUUCUGACGAAGUACAACUCAGACGAUUGA